CAACCCCCAUGCUUCAUUGAAUGAGACUACGCCGGGGGGUAACAUAGAGAAUGAAGACCGCAAUAAUAUUCUUGCCGCACAUCGUGUGUGCAACCAUUGAGAUGAAUGAGUGGAAUGGCAUACGCUGAAAGCAAGGCCUCCGCUGACCCUUGUACGCCGAGUUCAGCAUGCUCGGGCAGAAUAGGCUGGCGAUCGAUACUGGAGAAUCUUCCUUUAUAAUGCUCGACCAUCAGCUUCAUGCUCUGGCGAGCUCAUCUAUACUUCGUUUAUUCGAAUUGCAGAAAUCAACAUGACCAACAAAUCCAAGCCAGCCACCCAGCACAAGGACCCCUUUACAGUCCUUGAUGCAUCCCUGUCGCUGCCAUCAUCGGAUAGUAAACUAUGGUGGGAUGCCAUAGCCCCUGUUAUAUCCCGACAUCUCAUCCACACUGGCUACGGAGUCGAAUCCCAGUACGAAAACAUCCUUCUCAUCCAAUACGCCCUCAUUCCCUUCUUAGGCCCUUUCCCUAACAAAACCGGGUCAAAUCUCACCUGGCUUUCAUGCAUCGCCGGUGACAGUUGCCCGCUAGACAUCAGCGUCAACUAUCAAGCCUUGAAAAGCACCUUCCGGAUCACAAUCGAGCCCAUAGGGCCGUACGCAGGAACGGGUGCAGACCGGAUGAAUGAAAUCGCCCCAAGACAGCUCCUUCACCGUCUAGGCUACAUCCAGCCCGGGCUUGACUUGACCUGGUACGACCGGCUCGAGGAAGCAAUGCUUAUCAAGAACAACCUCGCACGGGAGAAAUGGGAUGCGCUUUCCGCGUUCCAUUCAAAAACCCAGACCCUGAUCGGCUUGGACCUGCACGAGUCAUCAGUCACUGUGAAGGCUUACUUCUUCCCUCACUUGAAGGCCGCAGCCACGGGCGAGGACUGGGCGGAUAUCAUGUUCAACGCUAUACGCAAGAUCGAUACUUCGGCCAGCUUCAACCGCGAACUAGCAAGGAUCGAGGCGUACAUUCGCUCGAUCAGGCCGCGGCUGUUAGCUGAAAAGCCUAACGUAGCAAUUGACUGCAAGAGCCCAGCUGAUUCGCGGGUCAAGGUCUACGCGGCGGUGGAUAUGUCGUCUCUACAGGACGUGUACGAUUUCUGGACCUUGGGGGGUCAGUUGGAGGGCGAGCACAUUGAAAGGGGAUUCGAUAUUGUGAAGGAGAUGUGGAAUUUGCUGUACAGCAAACUUCUCCCCAAUAAUGUACCCAGGAAGGCCAUGACGGUGCACUGCAACUGGGAGUUCUCGCCUAGUAAGCCUGAUCCUGUGCCAAAGGCGUACUUCCUCCUCACGGAUGAUUAUGACAUACACGUAAUCAAGGCUAUAACCACUCUGUUCCGUGCCCUGGGGUGGAAGCAACAUGUACGCACUCAUGAAGCUCUGGCAAAAGAGAUGGACCUCAUGCAUGACCCUGAAGCAAGCACCCAGGUGUAUAGCUGGCUUUCGUUUGCAUAUUCCAAGUCCGCUGGCCCGUAUAUCACGGUUUAUACUAAACCACGUGUUGGCGAUAAGCCUGUCUAGAUGCUUAUUUGAAUACCAGUACCCUCGUGGAGGUGCUGGCCCAUACCUGGGCGAACAUAAGUAACACGGCGGUAACUGGUAGCCUGCGGGUUCUUUCUGUUCUUUCUCUUCCAAAGCGUGUAUAUUUAGCAUGGGUGUG